AUGACUUGGCGAUGUGAGUCGUGCAGGACGCUCAAUCCGAACGACUCUGUGACCAAGUGUGAUGCGUGCGGCCACGACUCGAGGCCCUUUGUCGUUGAUCCGAAUGUCACCUUUGGCGCGUCUGGUGCUGAGGCUCUUUCCCGGGGCCGCACGAGCAUCUUCGACAAGCCUACUGAAGACCAGGGUCCAGACGGUUCUGAGAAACUUGUUCUCUUCGGCGUAGGCGAGUCAGGAAGUCUUUUCUCCGAACCGAGCACUACCACCGGCAAUGCCACCGCCGGCAAUACCACCGCCGGCAAUACCACCACCGGCAAUACCACCGCCGGCAAUACCACCGCCGGCAAUACCACCGCCGGCAAUGUCGCUACUAGUGUUAGCACGACCGGUGCCAUCACGGCUACCGCCAGCGAUAAGAAUAGUACUUCGCCAUUGAGUUUCGGGGCGAUAGGAGGCGUAAUGGGAUUCUGUCGUGCGAUGACGACGCCUGCUCGGACGGAUGAUCUACUGGUAGGAUGUCGGCCGGAAGAGUUGGUGGAUACUGAGUUGAGUAGUCCGAUGCAACCUGUGCCGGGUGUGUUGUUAACAUGGGGUAGUGGUGACUGUGAGCAGUUGCCUUUACGGAGUGAGUUCUUAGACGAGUAUGGGAACCGAUCUACCCCUUGUCCGGUUCGAGCGUUUUGCGAGAAGAGUGUGACGCAGGUCUGUUGUGGGAGUCUGGCCUCGUAUUGUAUCAAGGACGAUCAACUUUGGUCCUGGGGUUGUGCCGAUGAUGGGCCCCUUGGGCGACCUGUUUUACGGACAAACGACACAGAGGCCGUCUGGCGCCAAGAGGACCGGCCGGCCAGUGCCGAGAUUCGAACCGGCAAAGUCCCCGAGAGAGUUUGGGGCCUUCCACCUUCCGAACGCAUCGUCAAAAUAUCGGCAGGCGACUCACACGCCGCAGUCAUUACCGACACUGGCAACUGCUUCGCCUGGGGCCAUUACCGCGACUACUACGGUCCCCUCGGCUUCCCAGACCUCCAAGCUGCAACGCACCCCGAACAAGCACUCAACCUCGAAGGAGACCAGACCCUCGACCAAGUCCUGACUUCUGCCCCGGACUCUGCACCCUCCCCAGGGAACCCCAUACUAAGGCAGCAGUUGGUCCCAAUACAAGUACCAUUGGAUGGUGUGGCAAUAGAUAUUGCGUCGGGCGAUAACCAUACAAUAGUCGUAGCGGAGAGGCCAGAUGGAGCGCGGCACUUGGUUGUAUGGGGAUCAACAGAAUUCGGACAACUGUGUCUGCCCCCGCCGGCGGAGGAUGCUCCGUUAUGGAUGCGACAGGAGUCGCUGCGACCACGACGAGUAGAGUUAAAACAGCUCCGUUUCCAGCGACUUGCGAAAGCUGGUCGGGACUUUUCGGAGCAUACAUUUGAGGCUGUGCCGGUGCCCGAAGAGGCGAGGUUGCUGCGAGUUUUUGCGGGUAAGGCAACCACGUAUCUGAAGUUACACGCGGAGCAUGCGACAUAUCUGUUUGCUGUGGGUCGAGGUUGCUAUGGCGAGCUCGGAGGUGGUUUCACGGCGCCAGCUAUGCAUACGCCGACACUUGUGAGUGUGCCUGCGCUCUGCAGCGUCGAAGUCGUUGCCGGUGGUGACUUCACCGCUGUCGCGCUCGCCUCUGACGGCUCAGUCUGGACCUGGGGCAAAGCGGACCUCGCUGGACACGCGACCAAGUCUGAACGGGCAGUCAUAGCUCCCAUGACUGACGUUGCGCCCACAACUAUAGUCGCGGCCGCCGUUGCUGUCGCCAGCGCGGGUCAAGUCGUAGCUGCCCCCAAGACCGUGCCCGGUCUCAGGCACAAAUGCCGGGCUAUAGCCGUCGGUUCCAAGUGCCACUACGCUCUCACACACGAAGGCCGACUCUUCGCCUGGGGCGAAGCUAACAGCUUCCAACUCGGCAACGGGACCUGUCCAGACGAACUCGUGCGCGUUCCCACACUCGUCCCACCUACACUCUUCGACGACCGAUGGGUCCUACAACUCGCCGCCGGCGCGGCACACGCGUGUGCACUCUGUAUUGACCCCGACCGACGCGGAGUUAAACGCACUCGACAACCAGACCUUGCUGAAGACGAACUACCCAGCGUCCUCAAACGCAUACGCGCCGUCGAAACCCCCCCCGCCACCCUCUCACCCAACACUCCCCCCUUCCGACCCGCUCUCCUAACCGAACAACCCCGCGUUCGAAUCCAAUCCGAGGCUGAAAACCAACUCAGGCCCGAGCCAGAGCCUUUACCGCCACAGACCACCCAAGUCGACAUGGAACCUGAACCUGAGCCGGAGGAGGUCCCCCCGCGAGAUACCGAACUCCAAACUCCCGACGCCCGAAAUGUCACCGAGACCGAAAUCGCCGCCAAGGCCGAAACUGACAACGUAGAAUCGGGCCAAGGGGCCGCGUCCGAAGACGCGGACUCCGAUCCGGAAGACACGCCACGAAGAUGCGCCGAGCAACCAACACCGCUCUUCGCCGAACCUGAGACUGAAGUCCAAGUCGAAACAGAGGCGCCCACCCCCAGGUUCGAGGCCGGCACGGAGCUGGCCGAUGUCACCCACGGCGGCAUGACUGAAGUGCGUGUACCCGCCCUCCAACUGCGCGCGGUUGUCCGCACACACCCGCGCCAGCCCGAGCAACCGGAACAGCCUGAGCCCGGGCGACCCGAGCCGGAGCCUGAGCGACUGGUGCAGCCUGAGCGACUGGAGCAGCUCGAGCGACUGGAGCAGCCGGAGCGACCGGAGCAGCACGAGCGACCGGAGCGGCGCGAAGAAGACACGGAGGAGGACGAGCCGGAGCCGAAGCCGCGGGGGCGUACACGUGCUCGUAAAAACUCGGCGACGGAGCCGGUGGCGCGUGGUCGCGGACGGACGCGGCGAGGGCGGAAGGCGGAGCCUGCGCCGGCGCCGGAGCCGCCGGCGGCGACGGGGACGCCGGCAGUGCGGCACAAGCCGCGGGACUCGUUGACGACGGUGUUAAUUUCGGGGCGGUCGGUAGACUCAACUUCGGGUCGUCCGUACGAGUCGACGCCGGUGGCUGCGCCGGCUGAAUUGGAGCCUGCGUGUGCGGAGGUGGUUAAGGGGACGGAGGUGGUUAAGGGGACGGAGGUGGUUAAGGGGAAGGCGAAGGCGAAAGCGAAGGCGAAGAGUAAGGCGAAGGCGAAAGCUAAGGCGAAGGCGAAACGUUCUGACGAUGAUGCUGACUCGAGCGAGAGCGAAGAAAUGCCGCGGAGACGCCAAACGCGAGCAGACGUCGCCCGGGCCGAAGCGACCAGCGAUGAAGAUGAAGACGCGCGCCGCAGACCUGCCCGGCGACGUGCCAGCCGCCCCAAAACGGGCGCCAAGAAAAAGUCCUAG